CAUACAUACGUACAUACAUACAUACAUACAUACAUACAUACAUACACACAUACAUACAUACAUACAUACAUACAUACAUACAUACAUACAUACAUACAUACAUACAUACAUACAUACAUCAGGGUCCGAAAUUAACUUUUUAAUACGGGCGCCAACUGGCGAUCAAGUAUAAAUUUUUGGUCGCCAGAGGGCAAAUUGUGGUCGCCAAAAAUUUCCCCUCUCUAUUUUUCAAAUAAAAGUUUAAACACGAAUAAAAUGCAUGGUAUGGACGUUUUUAUGCUCAAAAAUGGCACUACUUUCGCUCCCGAUACCAGAAAGCAACCGUACGUGUACGAGUGAAGUCUUAUUUUUUCCACAAAUUACUUUUUGGAGAUAUAAAGCUGUCUGACCUAGAACGCAGGAACAGAAAACUGUCUGCCCAUAACUGCACUGAUCAUAUCAAAACUCUAUUUUCUUUCGAUAACUACCACGAAACACGAAACAUAAACACGAGUCAAGCCGCGAUGCCCAUAUCACUGUGACAGUACCAGGCCACAACUGUGCCACAUUACUCGUACCAGUCCACAACGUACAUAACGUAAUUACCGUAUUUCAGCUGAAAACAACAUAGCGGCUUGGAAACGUUCAACUCGUAUUGAUCGUAGCUGUUGUGGAGGUAUUAUUCUGAUUAUUACAGGAAGAUUCGUUUCACUUUUAGAUAAAAAAUAUCACCAGGACAAAAAGUAAGACACCUGUUGUCAAAUAGCUUCGAGGUUUCAAUUCUUAAUCAGUUUCUCCGAACCUUAAAGUCCACAAUAACAACUAACUUUACAAGUCGCUAGCUGGCGACCAGCUAUUAAAUUCUGGUCGCCAGGACUAAAUUUUUAGUCGCACUGGCGACCAGGAAGGCGCAAUUUCGGACCCUGUACAUACAUACAUACAUACAUACAUACAUACAUACAUACAUACAUACAUACAUACAUACAUACAUACAUACAUACAUACAUACAUACAUACAUACAUACAUACGUUUUAUUGA